AUGUUAUCAUUAAAAGAUAUUCUUAAAAUCUGUUGGCUCGAUAGUCACAUUUGUGAAAAUGGUCAACAUGAACAAAUAAAAUUCCGUUGUCAAAAUAUGUCGAAACUCAUUUCAGAAUGGCUUUUUUUCGAUUCUUCUGACAAACUCACAGGUUAUCUUGCAAAUAAUCCGAAUGUUCAACUGAUUACGAUUAUGUCUGGUAAAUUAGCUCGUCAACUACUUGCACUAAUAUCACCUAUGGAAAAUUUACAUAGUGCUUAUGUUCUCACAAUCGAUAUUGAAAAAAAUAAGAAGGCUCUUGGUGUUGAACCUAAACUGAAAGAAAUAUUCAAUGAUGAAUAUGUUUUAUUGGGUCGGUUACAAAAGGAUUUAUCUAAAUUAUUUUGGGAAGAAGGAAAAAAGUUGACUACAUCUAAACGCGAUCAAGAAGCACGUGUAUACUUUGAAGAAGCACAUCGUUUAGAUAAAAAUUGA